UCCAUAUGAAAGAGCCAUUUAAUCCCACUACGAUAUGCAAUGAAUAUUUAACGAACUAAUCUUCGAGAUAACAGCGCACACAACUCGAAGCCAAAGAGAACAAGAUGUUUUUUCGAGUACAAGCUUUCGUAUUUCUGUCGUUCUUCCUAGCAAAGUUCGUCUACACAAGGGAGAAAAGGUCUGAAUUUUGUCUUCGCGCGCAAGACUCUAUCCACGAGUUCACUGAUGAAGACCUCAGGGGAAGAACCGUUGAUUUUAAGAACUAUCGGGAUAGCAUUAUUUUGCUUGUGAAUGUAGCUACGUUUUGUCAGUACACGUAUCAAUACUUGGGCCUCAACAGCUUGCAGAAAAAGUAUAGAAGUUCCGAUCGAUGUGGUUUGAAGAUUUUGGCCGUUCCAUGCAAUCAGUUUGCGCACCAGGAGCCAGGGAACGAUGCAGAAGAGAUCUAUAACGGUCUUAAAUAUGUCAGACCUGGUCGAGGCUUUGAACCGCAGAUGGCUCUGUUGAAGAAACGGGACGUGAAUGGCAGGAAUGAAGAUGAUUUGUAUACUUGGUUGAAGGUAAGAUAUAAUAAGAGGGCGGGUCUGUGAUGAUUACAGUCAGAUAUAUUUGCCUGUAUGUUUGACGGGAAUCUUACAAAAUAAUUGAACUGAUAGCUGAUGAAAACGCAGCAUUUUUGGCAUUGACAAACAUGUUACUGACAGCUGACAUCCACAUGCACAAACUCUCAUUAAUGUUUAGCGAUAUAUGAGUCCUGUAACUAACACUCUGGUUCAUGUUUAAUUAUAUAGAACCUUCAUUAGUUUAUCCCCAAGUGGUAAUAAUUUAUUAACGUGGUGAAUUGUGCCCUCUAUAACAAUAACAUCUUUCAUUUUUCAUGAAUGAUAUCACACUGUCAGUUUCAUUCAUCUAUAUUUCCCUGGUCUAAAAUUAUUGCGUGUAUUUGCUCUUGAGUCCAAAUGUCAUUUGCUUGAUGUAUAAAAGAGUGACAAAUGAUAUAUUUUAAAGUGAUGCUGAAAAAAUGAAGCAGCUAUUUUUGGAACUGACAUCUUGCAAAAUAUGUUGAGACUUAAUGAGAGCGGAGAAAUUGUUUGAAUUUUAGCGGAUACUGAAUAACAUCCAGGAACUCCUAAAGGGUGUCUGAUAAAGCUAAAAGCAAGUGAAAAUAAUGAAAGAUUGGAUGGCAUAGAGAACAGUGGGAUUUUCAAAACAAUGAAAAGGACAUUCCGAUCAUUGGAUCGUGGCACUAUUGCCAUGUUACGGUGCAAAGGACCCAUAUUGCAUGAUUUGAGUUUUAGCUUACAACUGACAAAGUAUAUAAUAUCAUGAUAUUUCACUUUCAACAGACACGUUGUCCAUCCCCAAGCCUUGCAAUCAACGAGAUUUCUGACAUCUACUAUACUCCAGUUCGUAAUGAUGAUAUCAGUUGGAAUUUUGAGAAGAUCUUAUUGGAUCACAAAGGGCAACCAUGGAAACGGUACACGUCAGCAGUGGAACCCGAGGAGUUGGUGAGGGAUAUCGAGGAAUUGAUUGACAUGUGUGAAUCGUAAGAACAAGCCUGCGUGGAAUGAAUAUAUGUUAAUGAAAAUAUGUUAAAGUAGAUUGAAUCUUACCAAAAGUUUAUCAAAAAAAUAAAUGAUUUCCGGUAAAAAUUGUUUUAUUUCAUUGCUUUAUUUCACUACUCGUGGCUACAAAUGUUUCAAAACUAUUGACAUUCAUACAAAUUGUUCACUGUGACGGUGUUGGCUGGUCACUACUCCACGCUGUCCAGUGGACAAGCCAAUUUCCAUCGACCUUUUUCCAAAGAGAAAUUGAUCUGUAAAGAAACAGAUUUCAGUUAUUUAAGCCUCGUGUCAUUUUAGAUGUUUAUCAAAGUCAUGAUAAGAGCUUUAUUACACGAAUCGUCCAGGUUAACCGAGCCAGCCCCGCUUGAGGGUGUGGUCAACACGGAACACACCGAACACACAGAACACUUACUUGUUGUUAUCGAAGACUUUACCGUCUUUGUCAUAAACAACAGAAGCAUUCACUGAAGAAGCUAAUUCACCCAUUGAAACAGCGUCGACGGCAAUGUUCUCAACUUUGCCAACUUUCUCCAUGAACUGAGCCAUGAUAGCGAGGAAUCCCCUCAAUGCUACAAGAGAAACGAUUGGCGGGCAAUAGCCGGUUCCCCUUAUUACGUAUUCUGAAUACAACUACCAUGAUACUUUGCAGGUAUUUUCUUCAUUAUGCAAUAACACGUCCGAAAAGCAUGCUGGUAGUUGUAUUCAGAAUACGCAAUAAGGGGAACCGGCUAUUUAAAGCCUGUUUCCAACUUCAAACGCAUUAUGCCUAUGCAUAUGUGCAGUGAGUAACUUGACUUGGUCUUGCAAGAAAUGACUUGCUACAAACGCAAGUCAAAGGUAAAUUCGUAUAUAUCUCAUGAAAGUGAGACCCCGUUUACACUGUAGCGGAUUCGCUGGUCACGACAUCAGUUUUAACAGUCAAUGAAACAGCCUACACAUUUAUAAUGGUAGUAACAAGCAGAAACAUACGGAAGUUAUCGAAAACAUAAACCUUUGUUGUUAAACGUUGCUCCUGGACAGCAAACGAAGAUGUCGUGACCAGCCAACCCGGUACAGUGUAAACGGGGUCUGAGGGGCCAUAGUUUUCCCAAAACACAUGAAGAAAUAUACCAUCUUUUCCAACCAACAUUGGUGCACCAGCUGGCAGAACUCGACAGUCAUCAGUGUAGAAAUUGACCAUCUCGUCUUGUUUUCCCGCCAACAUUGCUUCUUCCAUUUUUUUCAUCUGAGCUUGGAUUUCCGCCUUGAUAUCUGGAAAUGUUUGA